AUGUCUUUGCCGCGCCGAGCUCUGAUCAGCAUCACUUCUGCUCAUGGCACACUCUUCGGGGGAAAGGAAACCACUGGUCUCUUUAUCAGCGAAGCGCUGCAUCCUUACAACGUCUUGAGGGCCGCUGGUUUUGAAGUUGAUCUCGCAUCCGAAAGUGGUGCAUACACCCCCGACUGGCUUUCAAGCCAGCCAGAUUUUCUCCAUGGCGAAGAUCUGAAGAUUUGGAAUGAUACCAAGAGCGAAUUCCGCACGAAGCUCGACAACAUGCCGAAAGCCGCCGACCUCGAUGGUAACGCUUACGGGCUUUUCUACGCCUCUGCUGGCCAUGCUGCCCUCAUCGACUAUCCGACGGCCUCUUCUCUUCAACGAAUUGCAGCGCAAGUCUGGAAAAAUGGGGGGGUCGUCUGUUCUGUUUGCCACGGGCCUGCACUUUUUGCCAAUCUUAUCGACCCUACCACCAAUGAGCCUCUUGUUAAGAACAAGAGGAUUACUGGGUUCACGACGGAAGCCGAAAUCUCCAUGGGUAUUAUGGAUGAACUCAGAAGCUGGGGUGCCGAGAUGGUGGAGGAGACUGCCACUCGACUUGGCGCGAAAUAUGUGCGUGCCCCUGGUAUCUGGGACGACUUCCACGUGGUUGACGGUCGCCUAGUGACAGGCCAGAACCCAGCCAGCGCUACAUCCACUGCUCAAGCUGCCGUCCAGGUUUUCGACAGCGCCUGA